AAAACUAUUCGCGACCAUCGUUGAACGAGGCGGACGAGGUAGGUGUUGUUGGUUGUACUGCAGGUGCGUUCGACCUGGUGUCUUUUAAAUAUUUUAAUAACGAACCGGUUCCGUUUGAUUUCUCUGAUUUUUCCGGAAUUUGUUGGUCUGUUGACCGCGGGGGAAAUUGUGACAUUUAUGUUUUUCUGAAACACUGAUUUUAGUAGGAAAACGAGGAGACUUUUGCACCGCCGGUGAUAAUCACACAAAAAAAAAUGAUUAUCCAACUACUAGUUCUUCUACCAAUUUUACACCAGUCCCAUUCCGCACCCCAGCAAAACUUAGGUAGUGGUGGUCAAUUUGGUAGUUUCUACCCACAACAAAACGGUGACAACUUAGAAGAGUAUUGCUAUAGAAAGGACGAAGAUCCAUACAUCUAUUUUGGCACCAAAACCUCGUACGAUAGCUUGACUAGAAGAGGAGGACAACAGCAUAUUGUCCCAGGUUGCCAACCUGUUCAGUUUUGGUCCUUAAACCGUCAUGGCACGCGACUUCCAAAGGCAGCGAAAAUUCAGAAAUUAAGAGAUUUGCAGUAUUUGAGAGCUGACUUAGUGAGGAAUUAUGAAGAGAAGAAGAGUUAUCCAGCUAUUGGGAAAUUGUGUUUUGACGACUAUAAUUUAUUAAGAAGAUGGAGAUGGAAUGACAAUAUAACAGAAGAUAAGGCAGCAUCUUUAACUCAACAAGGUAUCAACGAACUUAGACUGAUAGCCAGACGUUACAAGGCCAAAUUUCCUCAACUUUUAAACCAGCCCUAUAGCGAUCAAACUUACUACUUCCAAUACACACAAACAGACAGAACCCACGAUAGCUAUCAAGCCUACAUCGAAGGACUUUUUAAUCAAGAUUUUUACAAGGUGCAUGCAAACACCUUUGGCAAUGAUAUGCUGCUCAAACCCUACAGGAACUGUAAAGCCUGGCAAGAAAGAAUUGACGACAAUCCAGAAACGGACAAACAAUACAGGGAAUUUCUGGAAUCUGAAGAUUAUCAAAAGAUGCUGCAACAGGUAUCCAGGAGACUCGGGUUUAAUUAUCCUCUUAAUGUCAGCACAAUACAAGACGUAUACGAUAUGUGCCGAUUUAAUAAAGCUUGGCAACUGGAUCAACCUUCUUCUUGGUGUGUAGCAUUUACCAAAGAACAUUUAAAGCUUUUGGAAUAUGCAGAAGAUUUAAAGGGAUAUUACAACACUGGCUACGGAAGUCCUUUGGCAAAAUACAUUGGAUGUGGUCCUAUCCAGGAUAUGUUUAGGAAGUUUGAAAAAACUGUACAAGGUUACCCGGAUGGCAAUAAAGCUUCUGGUCUCUUUACUCAUGCAGCCACAAUGCAAGCCGUAUACUCGACAUUGGGUAUUGCCAAAGAUCAAACUCUUCUUAGAGCAGAUAACUAUAGACAGCAUCAGCAAAAGAGAUUGUGGAGAACUUCCGUGAUUAAUCCAUUUGCUGCUAAUUUAGUAGCAGUUUUGUAUCAGUGUCAAUCCAGCAAUCAACAGAAUCCAACUUUCAAAGUAAUGUUCUUCUUGAAUGAAGAGCCUAUUGAAGAAUUCCUGGGCUGUUCUCUGGGGCUGUGCGAUUGGGAGACUGUAGAUCAAAAUUUCCGGGAAAUAGUCGAAAAUUGUAAUGUAGACGCUUUUUGUGAUGGAAGCAGUUCUGCUCAGAGGGUCACACUCUCUAUUGGGCUAAGAAUAUUAUUUUCAGCAGUGUUACUAUUUUCUGCGUUAAUAAGUUAAGGUAUUUUACUACUACUUUUUAAAGUCCAAAGAUUCCCUACAGUGUAUUAAUGCAGGUUUUAAACGUUAUUUUAAAUGUGCGCUUAUGAUAAAUGUUUAGUUUCUGCCGAUAGGCAAAGAACUUGUGUAGAAAGUAGAAAUAUUUGUAGUUUUAAUACUUAUAUAUUAUAUCCUAGUGUUGUGUAGUCUUAAUAUGGUAGAUGUUAACGUAAAUUCUUAUCAGUUUUACCUUUUUAAUACUUUAACUUUUUAUUGUCUAAAGACAUAAAUAUUUUUAAUGGCACGGAUAGUUUAGGGGAUAUAUUAUUCAAGUUUGAAUGUCAAGGGAAUUUUUCCGGAAUAUUUGAUAUUUUUAUUCUCUGAAUAGACAAAGAAUGUGUGCAUUUUUGAUUGAUUCAUUUUGACACUAGGUAAAGCCAAAGAAAGAAGAGAACAUGCUGGUUCUUUGAUUAUAAAGUCUAUCAUCACCUUAAAUGUAAAUCAAAAAAGAUGCAUUUUUCGAUGACGCAGUAUUAGGAUAACUUAUACCAAUAGUGAAUGUUUAUAUUACUGACAAAAAUCUAUCAAUGAAUAUUCGCACUCUAAUUAAAAAAUUGGUGAAUACUCAUAUAUUUUGUGCUUGAUACGCUUUUGAAGUAUCACAAGUGACGCGCCCUCAUGGCGUUGACGCGCAAUACAGUCAGUUGUGUUGUAUGCGAUACACGAGCAGGUGAUAUUGAAUUUUUGUAAUAGUAGAACGACAUUUGCUGCGUCCACAAUUCGUCGCUGGAAACAGAUUGAAUUGAUUGAAAGUAAGGAAUUAUUAAUAAUAAUAUUGAUAAGAUUGAAAUGAUUGACUGUCUCUAAAAAAACGGCUCUAUAGUUUAAUUAAGAAAUUUUAUGUAUAAAGAGGUGAUUUUGUUAAAAAUUGUGUGAAUAAAUGUUGCAUAGAGUUAUAUUAAAUAGUCUUUUUAAGAUUAAUGCCUUAUGAUAGAAUGGAGAGGAAGUGCAUGUUUAGGAUUUUAAAUAACAAUAAUAGAAAGAUGUUUAGUUUUAUUUGAAGUCCUAAACCUGCGACAUUGCUUGCACAAUUUUGCACAAUUGCUUCCAAGAGAUCAGUCUUUUUCAAUAUUUUUAGCACACAUGAUCUUAUGGGAAUAAAUCUAAUUUUUUUUAACUUUCUAUAUAACAGCGAUAAAUACUUUUUGACUCAAAUAAACUUUAUUGGUACUUUUAGGAUAGAGCAAUCUUAAAAUAAAAAAAGUUUUUUUUUAUUAAUUAGCAAGGUUUACCAAAAAAUUAACUCACACGCAUUAACUAUAGUUCUUAUUAAUACUCCUUAAUACUAAUUAAUUAAUACUCUCAUUUCUUCUUUAAUUAUUUAGUUUGUAAUAAUAAUAAAAAAUAUAGUUUUAUAUAACAAUGUAUACAGGUUUUAAUAAUUAGUUUAUAAGUUAUAAUAAUUUUUACUUUUUUAAUUUUAAUAUAUCUGUUGAUUUCUUAAUGUACGUUUUAUGUUGGCAAACAAGCAAUAGGGAUCAAUAUAAGUUCGAUUGUAGUGAUUUAAUAAUAUUGUAAAUAAACCUUAAUUGUUAGCAAUAAAAUAGUGCGUAAUCUCACA